AUGCCACGACCAAAAAAAGAGAACAAAAAAGACCAACAAAAACAACCAACUCGUUCUCGCCCUGGUAUUCCAGAGCAACAACCAAAGAAAAAACAAAACACCUUACAAACUGUUGAACCCAAAAGCAGUAUAUCCACCAGCAACAACAAUGACAAAACUCUACUUAUGGACGUUGACCCUUAUUCGCUCGAUAAAGGAAAGGGCAAAGAAGCUUUACAAGAUGAACCAACUUCAGUUAUCACAACUGAACAAAGUGAAAUGAAUGUCAACAACGCCAAUAACGCUUCUGAAAAUUUUUGA